UGAAAAUAGGAUUCACCGUCCAACGCCUCUACAACGUCUCCCUGCUGCCGGGCGCAGCUGGGGGUGUUUGAUGCAGAACGAGCUGACGAAUAAGACGAUGGCCUUUCAUGAGUCAUGAGAUUCCAAAGCAGCGCACAGGCACAAGGCAAGAAAGAAGGCGGCCAAAAUGGAACCGUUCCGGAAGGGCUUCACCGCUGCUGUAAUCCCAGAGGACCCUGUGGAUUGGCUGCCGCCGUUGAAAUAAAUCGAAGCCAUUGGCUGGAGCAAAGUGCAAGAAGAGGCACUCCUGCUGCCAGACCGGACAACUGUGUGGGACCUGACAGCUGCGUCGGGCUAUGA